AUUUUACUCUCUCUCUCUCUCUCUCUCUAAAACACACCGUUCACACACUAAUUCUCACUCAAAAUACACUCAGCAUCUGUACCUCGUUUCGUUUUCUUUUCUAAAUUUCGCCGUGCGUUUGCAGAUCGUUUUUUGUUUAUCUGUGUAAUUAAAUGUAUAAAAAGGAUUAGGUUGAUUUUGGAUCUGGAAAUGCUCGUUGAGACGAUCGGGUGGAGCUCGAGUCUUGCUUUUGUUCGAUUGAAAUUCAUUGAGCUGAGUUCACUUUUGACUUCAUCCUGGACUGCAGUAGUGCCUACCUAUUUAUAGGUAGGAUAUAAUGAUUUGGAGAAGACAUUCUGGAGAAAAUUGCCAACUUGUGGGAAUUGGCUUAUACAAAUUUGCCUACUUUUCAAGUAGAUAUGGAAAGUGAUCGGACUAGCAACGCACUAUCAGAUGGUACCAGAGAUGGUCUACAACGAGCUCGACCUUUACAUGGGAGGACAAGUGGCCCCACAAGACGUUCCACAAAGGGGCAAUGGACUCCGGAAGAGGACGAGAUACUGCGCAUGGCUGUUCAACGCUUCAAAGGAAAAAACUGGAAAAAGAUAGCGGAGUGUUUCAAGGAUCGAACAGAUGUACAAUGCUUACACAGGUGGCAGAAGGUUCUUAAUCCAGAUCUUGUAAAAGGUCCAUGGUCAAAAGAGGAGGAUGAAAUAAUAAUUGAACUGGUGAAUAAAUAUGGGCCAAAAAAGUGGUCUACCAUCGCACAACAUCUUCCUGGACGCAUUGGAAAGCAAUGUCGGGAAAGGUGGCACAAUCAUCUUAAUCCUGGCAUAAACAAAGAAGCUUGGACACAAGAGGAAGAAUUGGCUCUGAUUCGUGCCCAUCAAAUUUAUGGAAACAAGUGGGCAGAGUUAACUAAGUUCUUGCCCGGGAGAACUGACAAUGCAAUAAAGAAUCAUUGGAAUUCUUCUGUCAAGAAGAAAUUGGAUAUGUAUUUGGCAUCUGGGUUACUUUCACAGUUUCAAGGUCCAAUCCUUCUUAGCCAUCCAAAUAACUCAGCAGCAUCUUCUUCUUCAAAAGCACAACAAAGUGGUGAAGAUGAUAGAGAUGGAGCAGAAGUCGAGGAAGCUUCUGAAUGCAGUAUAUCUCAAUCUACAAACAAUGCAAUCAACAGAACUGAACAUCCCAGUGGAGACUAUAGGGUGACUGAAGAAUCAAGUGCAAUCCCCUCUUCCGAAGAUUAUCGUCCUGCGUUUCAAGAAGUCAUGUAUGCCAUACCUGCAGUACCUUGUGAACCGGGUAACAAGUUUCUUGAACAUGACUUCUCUAUAGAUUGGGGGAGCUUCGCAGGGAAAGAAUGGCAGGCAAACACAAAUGAGCUACCUGACAUGUCUUUGCUGGAUCUUGGGCAAGAAUCAUCUAUGUUCAUCCCAUCUUUAACUGGUAGGGAUAACAAUGAACCCUUUUCAACAGAGACUUACAUGGAAGGUGCUUCUAUUCCUAUGGUAAACAUGGUUGUGGGUUCUGACACGCCUAAUCCCAUAGCUAAUUCGGACUGCAAUGAGGGAUAUCCUGAGGUUGAUCAUGAUGGAUGUCCCUCUGAAAAUUUUAUUAGCAACUCCAAUGGACCUCCGGAUACAUUACUUCGUAAUUAUUCAAAUUAUCAGUUGCCUUAUGUGCAGUCGGCUAUGCUGGGAACUUCGUUUACAGAACCUCUGCCUCUUCGUACUCAACUUCCCCCUGAUGUUGAUCCACUCAUGUUUGGUAUAAAUCCAGAUCAGUGUAAUGAUUCUUCAAAUGUGAAUGUUGAGCAGGAGUCUAUUUCACCAAGUAUGCAUGAUAGAUUUAUCUCUGCCAAGGAGUCUGAUUGCUCUCCUAGUGCGGAUGGCUCCAAUGAGGCAAAGAGAUCCCCAAAACGAGUUCCGGCUAAUGAUUUUGUAUUGGCACCAUUGAAUGAUUCUCAAUGUUGUUCUUCCAAGGAAAAAGAUCCAGCUGAAUCAGAUGAACUGAAAGACUCAGGAGCUUUAUUCUAUGAGCCCCCUCGUUUUCCAAGCUUGGAUAUUCCGUUUUUCAGUUGUGAUCUUAUACAAUCUGGCACUGAUAUGCACCAAGAGUACAGUCCGCUUGGCAUACGCCAACUGAUGAUUUCUUCCAUGACUCCAUUCAAGCUGUGGGAUUCACCAUCUAGAGAUGGUAGCCCAGAGUCUGUUCUAAAAAGUGCUGCCAAAAGUUUUACAGGCACACCAUCCAUACUGAAGAAAAGACAUCGUGAUCUGGUGUCUCCUUUGUCGGAAAAGAGAGGUGAAAAGAAGCUUGAAUGCAUUUCUAAGCAAGAGACCUUUUCCAACAUGAUCAAUAACGAUCUUUCUGAAUUAGAAGUUAUGUUUAAUGAGUGUAUAGACCAGAAAGGAGCAAUGCCAUCAUUAUCUCCAAAGAGUAAAGGAAAGUGUGAAGCACUCUGUAUGGAUAAAGAAAAUGUGGGCCCUGCUUGUGGACAGGGAAAACACGAGAGCAACGAAUGCAUUCUCACUUCAGAAAACAUAAUCUCACAAAAAGAGUUCAAUAUCAGUGAGUGUUCAGACAAGAUACCAGAACACACUGCUGUUGCUGAAGUCAAAGCUAAGGGCAUGAGGAAAAAUGCAAUGGACUCGGCAAAAGAGUUUUCCGGAAUCCUUGUUGAACAUGAUAUGAAUCACCUGCUAUUCUUUUCUCCUGACCGUUUUGGGAUUAAGGGUGAUAGAUCAAUUGGUCUGAGUGCCAGAGCUCUUGGAAACCAAUAUGCUAGGAAAAUUGAUGCUGUAUCAGAACAUGGAGCUAGUUUAUCUUCAGCUGAGACAUCAUGUCUUUCUGUUCUUUGUUCUCCUCGACUCAGCGCAAAGAAGGAUGGUACCAAUUUGAUCAUAACUACAUCGCUGCAAUCCUUGAGUCCUUCAGAGAAGAAGGCUGAAAGUUCCAGCAAGGGUGUAGCUUUUGAAAACAAUAGCAUAUUUAUGGAGACACCAUUUAAGAGAAGUAUAGAAUCUCCUUCUGCAUGGAAAUCACCUUGGUUUAUCAACAGUUUUGUGCCAGGCCCCAGGGUCGAUACAGAUAUAACAAUUGAGGACAUUGGUUACUUCAUGAGCCCAGGGGAGCGAAGUUAUGAUGCCAUUGGAUUAAUGAAGCAAUUAGGAGAGCAGACUGCGGGUGCAUUUGCUGAUGCCCAGAAGGUCUUGGGAGAUGAAACUCCAGAAACUUUAGUUAAAGCAAAAUGCUCCACAAACCAGGAAUUGGAAAAGGAGAACAACCACGGUCCAAACACUCAGACAGAACAUCAUUCCAUUUUGGCUUCAAAUUUCAUGGCGGAGAGACGUGCGCUUGAUUUUAGCGAAUGUGGAACACCUGCCAAGGAAACUGGAAAAUUUGCAAGCAGCAUUGGUAUCUCAAGUCCCUCUUCUUAUCUGCUGAAGAGUUGCAGGUAGAGAGAGGCAGCCUUUAACGGCUAAACCAUCCUUCUCCUGAAAUACCUUGAAACCUGUAGUUUAUACUAGUAUAAUGUAUGCCAUUUAAUCUUUUAUAUGAAUUCCAUUUAUUCAAUAUCUACAGUCCCAAAUUAGCGCCAC